GAAAGGCGCAGUUAUUUAGUAGAAUCGUAUAAUAUUUCAUAGUCGCCAAAAAAUUAUACUUAUAAGAAAAUUAUUAUUAUCUUGGAUUAACAACGUAAAAAUCUAAUCCAAGUAAUCUAAUUGUAAAUCUUCAGGAAGGAUCUAUGUUGGAUGUCAACAAAAAUACUAAAGAAAUAAUUGAAAUACGCGCACGAUUUUAGUUCUACUAUUCGCCAGAGAAUAGUUCCAACCAGACACUUUUAUAACGUACAAGAAUUACGUUCGUUCAUUCGCUUAUCGUCGCGUGUGCUGUGUCACUAAAGGAAAGUUUCUUUUAUGCCCGACAAGUUUUUCACUCAAUUGUUUAGAGAUCAUCGAUUUUACUUGCGAGGGUGAAAUCAUAUUGGAUGAGAAGAUCACAAAGUUGAAGCACCGAACGAACACAAGGAUGAACGGUCAUUUGGAAAUUUCAAAUUUACGACUUAAGAAAAGUGAAAAAAAAAGAGCGAUAGAUGAAGAAACUGUUGCUGAAAUACGAAUACGAAUGCAAGAAAUUUCGGAAAGCAUUAUUGAACAAGUCAAUGAUCGUAUUAACGAUAUGAUAUCAGAAGUAUUAAACAAAACUAAUCGUGAAAGAUCAUUACAAAUGUCAGAUAAUUUGAGUGAUAAAUACUGUGAUAAAAGAAAAUUAUCAAAGGAAAGUAUCUUACCGGAAAAACAAUUUUCUGAAAGAAAUUCAUUAUUAACUGAUCUUUUUAACACCAACAAACAUGUGCGGACGGUAUAUAAUAUAUUUACAACGAUACUAAUAUUACUUUUUAUGAAUACUAUUACAUACGAUAUUAUGGAUGGUGGAUCAAUAAAUGUCGGAAUGAAUAUUAUAAUAUGGAGUUUCGGAAAAUUUUCAAGAGUCCUUUAUAUUUGGUCUUUAAUGACAUUAACGACACUUGGAAUUUACAUUCCGUUCUAUAUUUGGGCACACAAACGUCUUCAUUUUUUACCAUUAUCAACUGCUUUAAAAGUAUGGGACUAUGGAUGGAUAGCGGGGCUUGUAUUAUAUUUGCUCAUUUUCAUCGUUCUUCCAGCUAAAGCAAUAGUAGAUGAGGGACUACCAGUAGCUUCUAGCACUGUAAUUCUUACAGAACAGGUUCGUAUGUUAAUGAAAUGUUACGCUUUCAUAAGGAGUACGGCACCAAAAUUUCUUAAAUACAAAAUACACGCGGAAAUGGAAAAGCCAGUAAUGCCAGAUUUUUCGAAGUAUCUAUAUUUCUUCUUCGCUCCAACGUUAAUCUAUAGAGAUAAUUAUCCUAGGACAAAAAGUAUUCGAUGGAAGUUUGUUCUCUGGCAUUAUGUAGAAGUUUUGUUGAUAAUAUUUUACAUGGCUUUCAUAUGUAAACGCUUCUUUUAUCCGAUAUAUGGAAAACAUGGAGUUAAACCUAUAAGAAGGGAACAAUUGUUUCUCAAUAUAAUCAACACGUCCAUGCCUGGAAUUCUUUUCUUCCUUUGUGGAUUUUAUUGUCUUUUACACGCUUGGUUAAACGCUUGCGCUGAAGUAUUGCGUUUUGCCGAUCGAUUGUUUUACAAGGACUGGUGGAAUUCAUCAUCUUAUAGCGUUUACUACAGAACAUGGAACGUCGUCGUGCACGAUUGGCUUUACGCCUACGUAUACAAAGAUGUGGUUGAGAUCUUAACGAACCAAAAUAGGUUUAUCGCAACUUGCUCCGUAUUUUGCAUAUCCGCAUUCGUUCAUGAAUAUAUAAUGUGUUUUGCUUUCCAAUUUUUUUGUCCCGGAAUGAUACUUUUGUUUGGUUUCAUAGGCUGCCCGUUGACUUUUAUCACAAGAAAAGCUGGCAAUAUAUUUCUAUGGUUUACCCUUAUUUUAGGUAACGGUGUAAUGUGCAGUAUGUAUGCUAUGGAAUUCUUUGGAAGACAAAAUUGUGUUGAGUAUCCUGAUAAAUUCUUGAAUUUCAUUUUACCGAGAAUUUGGUAUUGUAACCCUAUAUCCCAAUGAACAUUAAAUAAGAUAUACAUUAGUAAUAUUAAAAGAAUCACUUUUUGAAUGCACUGUCUCUUGUAAUAUAUUCGUUAAAACAUACAUGUAUUUUGUGAAAACAUUCACUUUUUUGUUUUUAUUUGCAUUUGAACCAUCGUAUAUAUUGCCGCAAUUUUGAAAAAACUUUAUUCAGAUUUUAUAAUUAUUCUCCAAUGAAAGAAACAAACUUGUGAGAAACGAAUGAUUUUGUUCUUUUUUUUUUUCGGUAACAGAAAUAGCAGGUUUCUAUUUUAAAUAUAAAAUUUUAAAUAUUUAUUUUUUAAUUCUUCUAUCUAAAUUCUAGUCCCCUGUAAAUUUUUUUAGUACACCCCACAACAAAAUGUUCAUAAAAUCAUAAAUAAAUAUUUUAUUGACUGAUCGCUAAUCAUAAUAUUAUAUAUCUUUUUUCAUGUCGUAAAUCAGUUUACAAUUUAUUAAAUAUAUUGAAAGAAAUAUGGAAAAAAAUACUAUCAUCUUUCAUAUGUUUAUUUACAAUGUUGACAUUCACAAAUAUAUUAUAUAUUCACUCGACAUUUUAUUUUAAUAUAAUCUAUUCGGUAAAUAUAUGAUGUAAACAAUUCCUAAUGGACUCAUAAAUAAAUUAUUCUGUUGUUAUCAUUAUCA